UGGGGUUUUUUUUUUUUCUUCUGGAGAAGAAAAAAGCUUUCAAAAGAGGGGAGAGAAAGAGCUGGACGGCUGAAACGUCAGCCGGUCAGCCCAGGUGGAAAACAAGAGUGAAAGUGGGGCUUAGGGGAACGCAGCGCCUCUUUCGCAAGCCGCAGGGCCACCACCAGCGCGUGAGCCUUGGAUCCCUCAACGUAUUGCGAGACGCCGGUGUACAGCCCGGACCUGUGCCCCAACAUGAUCGCCGCUCAGGCCAAGCUGGUCUACCAGCUCAAUAAAUACUACACUGAGCGCUGCCAAGCGCGCAAGGCGGCCAUCGCCAAGACCAUCCGAGAGGUCUGUAAGGUGGUCUCGGACGUGCUAAAGGAAGUGGAGGUGCAGGAGCCUCGCUUCAUCAGCUCCCUGAGCGAGAUCGAUGCCCGCUACGAGGGGCUGGAGGUCAUCUCGCCCACAGAAUUCGAGGUGGUGCUCUACCUAAACCAGAUGGGCGUCUUCAACUUCGUGGACGACGGCUCGCUGCCCGGCUGCGCGGUGCUCAAACUGAGCGACGGGCGGAAGCGGAGCAUGUCUCUCUGGGUCGAAUUCAUCACAGCGUCCGGCUACCUCUCGGCGCGCAAGAUCCGCUCGCGUUUCCAGACGCUGGUGGCUCAGGCGGUGGACAAGUGCAGCUAUCGGGAUGUGGUCAAGAUGAUCGCAGAUACCAGCGAGGUCAAGCUGCGCAUCAGGGAGCGCUAUGUGGUGCAAAUCACUCCCGCGUUCAAGUGCACCGGUAUCUGGCCUCGCAGUGCGGCACAGUGGCCUAUGCCCCACAUCCCCUGGCCCGGCCCCAAUCGGGUGGCGGAGGUCAAGGCCGAAGGGUUCAACUUGCUCUCUAAGGAAUGCUACUCGCUGACCGGCAAGCAGAGCUCUGCGGAGAGCGAUGCCUGGGUGCUACAGUUCGGGGAGGCUGAGAACCGCCUGCUGAUGGGCGGCUGCCGAAACAAGUGCCUCUCCGUGCUGAAGACGCUGCGGGAUCGCCACCUGGAGCUGCCCGGCCAGCCGCUCAACAACUACCACAUGAAGACGCUGCUGCUGUACGAGUGCGAGAAGCACCCGCGGGAAACGGACUGGGACGAGGCGUGCCUCGGCGAUCGGCUCAACGGCAUCCUGCUGCAGCUCAUCUCCUGCCUGCAGUGCCGCCGCUGCCCUCACUACUUUCUGCCCAACCUCGACCUUUUUCAGGGCAAGCCCCAUUCGGCCCUGGAGAGCGCUGCCAAGCAGACCUGGAGGUUGGCCAGGGAAAUUCUCACCAAUCCCAAAAGCCUGGACAAACUAUAGGGUGCUGGGGACUGCUUGAAAAGCGACACAGACGGGAAUGCUCUCAAACACAACACACACACAACUCGGCGACAAACAGCGGAAACUCCAGACACAAACUUUUAUGGAAGCCGCCUAAAAGAAAUGGGAACCAGGCAGAAGACCUUCGUUAACAAGUAAACAAAAGGAGAGCAAACCAACCGACCAAACAAAAUCACAUUCUUGCACAAAAGUGAUCGUUUUCUUCCAAACAAUGUGAAUUUAAAAGGUCACACAAAAGAAGCAAUCGGGCUUUGUCACCACAAAAUGAAACCCAAGGUACAUUUUCAAAUCAAUGUAUAGUAGUUUCUCCCUUUUCCUUCGCUUCCUCUCUUCUUUUUCUCUUUUUCUUUCUCUCUCUCUCGCUCUUUCUUUUCUUUCUCUUUUUCUCUCUCAGCCUUCGUUUUGUUUUGGGUUGCCUGAAUGUUGUCACCAAGUGAAAAAAAAGUAUUUAAUUAUAUGUAAAAUUUCUCUUUUAAACAAAGUUUUGCGGAUGUUAAAUGUAUCUCAGUGCCAAUGUCAGAUGUGCCCCUCCCUCUCUCGCACCUCUACCCUCACCCGAAGCAGUCUUGUUGAAAACAGUAAUAAAAAUAUUACUUUACAUUGUAAUUGACUGUUUGUGGACUGUUCUUAAAUGAAGGCAGGUAAGAUCAUAAUUUGUAAUCUACAAUAUUAGGAUGUGAACCUGAGCAACUAAAUGCAAGAAGCAUCUGU